UUUGAUCGUCGCACAAGGAGGAAACGUGUAUAGACGACAUUGUAGGCGUUUGUGAAGAGCAAUCAUGUAUAGAAUACUACUGUUGUCCGUCUGCCCGGUUAGAAAUCGUGCAUUACAUGUGUACAUCCGCGAGGCAUGCUUAAGGUCGUCGAAAUGUGAUAUGGUUUCACUCCCCAUUUGCAGAGCUACGAAUGGAGGGGUCUUCAAUGCAUUUGGCACAAGCUCUGUCAUCCACUGUGAAAAGAAAGAAGGGCCACUCCCUCCCAAGGAAGAAAAUAGUGCAUUGAAGGAUGAUGAGCUGAAGGUAGCAGUAAAGAUGGUUGGAGAGAAGGUCAUCGAGCUACAAGAUUAUGUAAAAAUGGUAGCAGAACAGAGCGAGCAGAGAGUAGGGGUGAAAAUGGAGGGAGUAACAGAGAGCGUAAAAAUUGAAGAAAUUCUUAUACAAACAGAAGAGAUUGAGAAAAAAAUAGAAUCAAAGGUGGAGGCAGCAAAGGCGAGUGAGAAAAUCAAAGAAAUAAUCCAGAUUAAAACAGUGGUUGAGCCAAUUCUCGGGGUAAGAAUGGAGGCUGUAAAGGAGAGCAAAAUGGAGGAAAUUCCAGUUAAGAUGGAUAUUGAGAAAAUGGAAGAAAUCCAGACUAAAACAGCACUUUUGUCCAUUCCAGAAGUAAAGCUGGAGGAUGUAAAGGAGAGUGAGGAGAUGAAAGAAAUCAUGUUAGCCAGUAAAACAGAGGAGGUUAAACAAAAGCUAGAAGUAACAAUGGCGGUAGUAAAGGAGGGUGACACAAUUGUUGAGAUCCAGGUUAAAACAGAAGAGGUUGUAGAUGUAAAGAAAGAGGGAGACAAAGUUGUAGAGGAGCAGAUAUUAGAGGUCAAUAAGGAGGAACAACAGACAGAAGCCCCCCCCAAGGAUGAAAUUCAGCCUGUGAAGUGUGGGAAGGAGAGUCUGCUGGACCUUCUUGGGGCCAUGAAGGUCGAGGUGACCAACAAAAGGAAGUUUAAGGCCUUAAAGGUGCAGAGGACCUCUGAGACUGCUGCCAGGCCCAUGCCAGCAGCUAUGGAGAGCACCACCAGUAUGUUCCAGGAGGCCACUGGCAUGGCUGACGUACCAGCACCUGCCCCAAGUGCGACACUGAGCCCUGAGCUGGUUGCUGCUGUCUCUGCUGCUGCAGCUACUUUACCUAACCAAAGCCAGGCCGAGUCAGAGCUGCUGAAGAAGCUGAGGCAACAUGAAGCUAUCGGAGAGGCACAGAAGAACAGGGACGUCAACAACAUUGGGGUUAUCAUUGCUGACAUGAAGGUGGGGAAGAAGCUCGACGGCAGGCAGAAGGCCCGGCCGGCCAAUCAGAUCCGCUUUGAUGAAGAUGGGAGGGGCUACACCCAUGAUAGAGGCAUCACUGCAGAGUUGGAUGGUGGAUUACGGAGGAGGAGAAGUCUAUUUUCAGGGAAAAGGCUGAACAUCUUCACCCCGAGCACUGAACCGGAGGCAGACACAGAUAUAGCUGUUCCGACCCUAUGGGACAUGGAGUUAGCCAAUCAAGUGGCCCUGUCAACCAAUCAAAUGCCUCGUAAUGGCUUUGAGGAGAUGAUCCAGUGGACCAAAGAGGGCAGGCUGUGGCAGUAUCCAAUUAACAAUGAGGCUGGUCUUGAGGCGGAGGCCCAGGUGCCCUUCCAUGAGCACGUGUUCCUGGAGAAACACCUGGAGGAAGGCUUCCCACGCCAGGGACCUGUCAGACACUUCAUGGAGCUGGUGGUCUCGGGCCUGGCUAAAAAUCCCUACUACACAAUACAGCAGAAGAGAGAACAUAUAGCCUGGUUCAGGGACUACUUUCAGCAGAAAGAGGAGGUCCUCAAGGAGGCAGAGGUUUACCUCAACUGAACUGUUGGCAAAAUUUAAGAGAAACCCAAUCUUUUAAGUAAUUUAUGAUCACACAAAUGCUAACGUGGGAUUUAAGGGUUGUAGACUCCUAUGGAAUGCAGCCUUGUCUCGGGGCUAGGGUGAUCAGUAUACUAAAACAAUAAUGACACCCCCCCUGAAAACUGUCACUCAAGAGAUUGGAGGCUAUUUUCCCAUGAGAGAACCAAUGGAGAUGGUUAACAUAACCUGGUAUAGCCCUUAAUCGGAUACACCAUGUAUUGCUUUGGUUGUUCAGAGACUCUUUUUAACUAUACACACCGUGCCGUUUCUCUACCUUGACAAUUCCACUGUUGGUGUCUGAUCAAGGAGAAGUACACUGCUCAAAAAAAUAAAGGGAACACUAAAAUAACACAUCCUAGAUCUGAAUGAAUGAAAUAUUCUUAUUAAAUACUUUUUUCUUUACGUAGUUGAAUGUGCUGACAACAAAAUCACACAACUUAUCAAUGGAAAUCAAAUUUAUCAACCCAUGGAGGUCUGGGUUUGGAGUCACGCUCAAAAUUUAAGUGGAAAACCACACUACAGGCUGAUCCAACUUUGAUGUAAUGUCCUUAAAACAAGUCAAAAUGAGGCUCAGUAGUGUGUGUGGCCUCGACGAGCCUGUAUGACCUCCCUACAACGCCUGGGCAUGCUCCUGAUGUGGCGGAUGGUCUCCUGAGGGAUCUCCUCCCAGACCUGGACUAAAUCAUCCACCAACUCCUGGACAGUCUCUGGUGCAACGUUGGUGGAUGAAGCGAGACAUUAUGUCCCAGAUGUGCUCAAUUGGAUUCAGGUCAGGGGAACGGGCGGCCCAGUUCAUAGCAUCAAUGCCUUCCUCUUGCAGGAACUGCUGACACACUCCAGCCACAUGAGGUCUAGCAUUGUCUUGCAUUAGGAGGAACCCAGGGCCAACCGCACCAGCAUAUGGUCUCACAAGGGGUCUGAGGAUCUCAUCUCGGUACCUAAUGGCAGUCAGGCUACCUCUGGCGAGCACAUGGAGGGCUGUGCGGCCCCCCCAAAGAAAUGCCACCCCACACCAUGACUGACCCACUGCCAAACCGGUCAUGCUGGAGGAUGUUGCAGGCAGCAGAACGUUCUCCAUGGCGUCUCCACACCCUGUCACGUCUGUCACAUGUGCUCAGUGUGAACCUGCUUUCAUCUGUGAAGAGCACAGGGUGCCAGUGGUGAAUUUGCCAAUCUUGGUGUUCUUUGGUAAAUGCCAAACGUCCUGCACCGUGUUGGGCUGUAAGCACAACCCCCACCUGUGGACGUCGGGCCCUCAUACCACCCUCAUGGAGUCUAUUUCUGACCGUUUGAGCAGACACAUGCACAUUUGUGGCCUGCUGGAGGUAAUUUUGCAGGGCUCUGGCAGUGUUCCUCCUGCUCCUCCUUGCACAAAGGCGGAGGUAGCGGUCCUGCUGCUGGGUUGUUGCCCUCCUACGGCGGCCUCCACGUCUCCUGAUCUACUGGCCUGUCUCCUGGUAGCGCCUCCUGCUUCCGAAGUGGACAGUUUGAUUUCCAGAAGUGUGAUUGACUUGGAGUUACAUUGUGUUGUUUAAGUGUUCCCUUUAUUUUUUUGAGCAGUGUAUAUAGCAAACGCGUUGUGUGCUUCAGAUGGAACCGUCCUCGUGCUGUGCACUCUGUGUGCAAUUUAAAGAAUAACUAUAACAUACAUUUCAAUGACACAUCGAACUCUGCACUGCAAGAUUUAGCUUCAAAAUAGCUAUUGUUUUUGAGAUGUUAUUGAAAUAAACACUGUUUUCAAAGUC